UUUCAUAACAAGGCAAACAGUUUUAAGGAGUAUGUCGAUAAUCCCCUCUUCAAUAUGGUGAGCCAUUAAAAAUCAAUCAAUGCCAAUUAGUGCUGCCACUGUUUGGUCCAAAGCGCAGAGCUGGAGCGACGUCACGCGCUUUUGGAGAGGGCGUCAAUGCGCCUUUACGCGCCCAUAAAGCCGUGUUUAAGGAGCGAGAGUUUUGAGAUUGGGACUUCCAGAGCGCAUGUGGACUGACACCAUGUCCCGGACCGAACAGACCUUGAGGAACAGCGACGGAUUCGGAGUCAUUGUAUCUGUUUAAGACGUGAAAUGAAAGGCUUCGAGCCAAGACUGAGGAGUUGUGGAGGAUUUUUGAGGGGAUUCUUUAACAGUUUUCACAGAGGAAAUGUCCACAACUGCAAGUCCAACCAUCUCCUCAUACGUGAUAUCCGACCAACUGACUGUGGUCGCUGCGUCCCUUUCUUCUCUGGUGUUCUUUGUGGUUAUUGUGGCGCUGCUGUCUUUUAUUUACCGCAAGGAUCCUCAGUGCUGCAAACACCGCUCCUAUCAGGAGCCACAUCCUGCUGCGGAUGAUCCUCCACAGUAUUACAGCAGUAGGACAACCUUGGUGGGGACCCCCUGUUUUGAGUCGGACAGGAAUACUCAGCAGGCAGGCGAGCUGUUCUGUGUCGGCCUGCCCUCCAGCUACAGCCUGCCGACGCUAGAGGCCCCCAUGCCGAGGCUCCCCUCCUAUGAGAGCGUACGAAAGAAGGACCGCCAGAGGCAGAUCCACAUGAUGAUCGCUGACCGCUUUGGCCUCAAUGCGCCUAUUGUUACUGAGCCUCCUCCUACCUAUGAAGAAAGCAUCCGCCAGUCUGUAGAGCUACCAUACAACAUUUUCUCACCAGGUGGGGACAUCCUGCAUCCACAGACUUUUUAUUCCAACGCCGGAACUGUUGAUCCCACAGACACAGACCGUCAACUCAGUUCUGAUGCCAGCAGCAGCGCUCUGCCUACGGUGUGAUGCUGGGAUCCAGUGGGGUGAAAUGUGGAAGAGGCUGGAGGACCUUUAUGCAGAUCAAGGUUACAAACAGACCCAACUCACAGAUACCUCAAACAAAUAAAAACUGAGGAAGCUAAUGUUGAUCAUGGGCUGUGGUGAAACCAAAGAAGAACAGUACCCUCUCCAGGGAGUCACAUUAAUAAUACUUUGAGACAUUUGCUGUGCACUAAUGUGACGAUGUUUCAAAAAGAAACUGGACAUUUAUGGACAAAGGUGGCUGGAACAUCUUCAACAUCAAAUCAGAGAUGACUGCAGGGACUACUUAGGACGUUAACUUUUUUGUUGUUGUUUUUGUGGAACAUUUAUUUUAAUUGUUUGAUUUUCUGUUUUUAAAAUCUUCUUAAACUUGAAAUAUUGGUCGUUUUUGCAAACAUUUUUCUUGGAGCCAACUGUUAAAACUGGCGUCUAAAGCCUUUUGGAGAGGUUUCAAACUUUUCCAGAUUGAAGGUUUUAGACCAAAUAGUGAGGGGAAAAAAUAUUUCUAUUAGAUCUACAAUCACAUUACCUCAAGUGAUUUCUGUCUUUUUCAUCUUUGUAACAUUCCAUGAAUUAAUGUAAUUUUAGUCAAUAAAAUAUUUGUAUUUAUUUAAUAAAAAAUGAUCAUACCAUGUACUUUUCCAUAGAAACCAAUUUAAUAAACUCUUGCUAUUUUAA